ACGUGAGCACGCGCCAUCACUCCUGCCCUUUUGGCUCACCAACGCGUCGUGCCACCAACACCAACCGAGCUCAACACUGCUCCGAUGACCAAACCGCUUGUGCAUCAUGGCCGAUGAUAUGGAUGUUACGCAGCCGUCGCCUCGCGGCACGAAACGAAAGGGUGACGAUACACUACCACUUCCAGCGCCACGAAGGAUCAAGGCACUCGCGCAGGAUGUGGUGAACAAGAUCGCAGCAGGAGAGAUCAUUGUUGCGCCAGUACAUGCGCUGAAAGAACUGAUCGAAAAUGCUGUUGACGCAGGUUCGACAGCGUUGGAAAUUUUGGUCAAAGAUGGCGGCCUGAAGCUACUACAGAUCUCGGACAAUGGCCAUGGCAUCAACAAAGAAGACUUACCAAUUCUGUGCGAGCGCUUCACGACUUCGAAGUUGAAGGCUUUUGAAGAUCUCACCUCUAUCGGCACCUAUGGCUUCCGAGGGGAGGCGCUUGCAAGUAUCAGUCACAUUGCCCACUUGAAAGUCACGACAAGAACGAAAGAGUCGAGUUGUGCUUGGGAAGCUCAUUAUGCAAACGGCAAGCUGGCUAGCCCCAAGCCAGGUCAGAGUGCUGAGCCGAAACCUAAAGCUGGGAGGCAGGGCACAGUCAUCACAGUCGAAGACUUAUUCUACAACAUUCCGUCGAGACGACGUGCCUUCCGCUCAGCAAGCGAGGAGUACGCCAAAAUACUCGACCUGGUUGGCCGGUAUGCCGUUCACUGCUCUGGUGUCGCGUUCUCUUGCAAAAAGGCUGGCGACAACUCUGGAAGCAGCGUUUCAGUCCCUGCUUCUGCCGAGACGAAAGAUCGCAUACGACAGAUCCAUGGUAGCGCAGCAGCAAACGAGCUUGUCAGCCUCAAAGCUGAAGAUCAGCGCUGGGGUUUCAAGUGUGAAGGCUGGGUGAGCAAUGCGAACUACAGCUCGAAGCGCACAAACCUGUUGCUAUUCAUCAACCACCGAUCUGUCGAGUCACAAGUGAUCAAGAAGAGCGUCGAACAGACUUACACCACGUUCCUGCCUAAGGGUGGUCAUCCGUUCGUGUACCUCAGUCUCGAAAUUGAGCCGCAGCUAGUCGAUGUCAAUGUGCACCCAACAAAACGUGAGGUGCACUUCCUGAAUGAGGAUGAGAUCAUUGCCAUGAUCUGUGACGAGAUCCGUGAGAGUUUGAGCAAGGUCGACACGAGCAGGUCGUUCAUGACACAGUCACUGCUUUCGAAUCCAAAUCCAAAAGUAUCAAUUGCUACACCUAUGAAGCAGACGACACCUGGAAUACCAGCCACAGAUGAUACGCCUGAUCGAAGUGCCUCACGCGCUCCGAGAAUAGGAACAAAAAAGCCGUACGAGAACAACCUUGUUCGGACAGAUGCCUCAGCGCGCAAGAUCACGUCAAUGCUUCGACCGGAGCGAACAAUAGAAGAAGCUGCCGAAAAGGGCGAUGAUGAUAUGGAGUACGAGUACACCGAACGAGAACCCAUGGCUUGUCGUUUGACUUCCAUAAAGGAGUUGCGUGCCGAAGUACGAGACGCCAUGCAUAACGAGCUCACCGACAUUAUCUCAACACAUACCUUCGUUGGCAUCGUGGACGAGCAGAAACGAAUCGUUGCAAUACAAGGUGGCGUAAAGCUGUUUCUUGUCGACUACGGAAUGCUGUGCAACGAGUACUUCUACCAAGUCGGCCUCACAGACUUUGCGAACUAUGGCCUAAUCCGCUUUAACCCACCAUUACCUCUACAAGAUCUGCUCAAGGUAGCAGCAGAUCAACAAAGGGGCAACGCCGGCGACGCAGCAGAUGAGGUAGAUUGGGACGAAGUUGUCGAGAGCGUCAAGGAGCUUCUGAUCAGCAAAUCACCACUGCUUAGCGAAUACUUCUCCAUCGAAAUUACUCCAGAAGGGGAGCUCUGUUCGAUACCGAUUCUCAUCAAGGGCCACAUGCCUUCGCUGGCAAAGCUACCGCAGUUUCUCUUGCGCCUCGGGCCGCAUGUGAACUGGGAGGAAGAGAAAGCAUGCUUUCAGACACUUCUGCGCGAGCUGGCCUCGUUCUACACGCCGGAAGUCCUACCACUGCCACCUUCAGCUUCAAGUAAUGACAACGGCAAAGGCAAGGGCAAGGUUGUGGAAGAGGAUCCAGAGAUCGCGCUCAGACGUAAGAAGCUCAGGAAAGCGGUCGAGCAUGUUAUCUUCCCUGCUUGCAAGGCACGGCUCGUGGCUACGAAAGGGCUGCUGAAGGGCGUCAUAGAGGUCGCGAACUUGAAAGGUUUGUACAGAGUCUUUGAGCGAUGCUGAAAGUUUGUCAACACCACAAUACGAAAG